GUGGCAUUUGACAUUACGUUAGAUCGAUGAAGCCGCGAGAAAUGUAUAAAAGAAUUUGCAUCGAGUACCAAAGCAUCAGUCGCUCAGUAGCUACGAAAUCAAAACAACUUAUCAAACAUGAAAGUGAUCAUUGUCGCCCUCGCCCUUGUGGCCGUAGCCGCCGGCGCCGCCGUAGAGUACGAGCCACCGAAGAUCCUCCGCUCAGAAUACGACCAGACACCCCAGGGUGGAUACAACUUUGGCUUCGAAACCGAAAAUGGCAUCAGCCGUAUCGAGACUGGUGAGCCCAAAGAGGUUCUUGACGCCGAUAACAAGCCCCAAGUAGUAGUCGCCGUCCGCGGCUCCUACACCUACACCGACAAAGAAGGCAACGUUGUGACUGUGAACUACAGCGCCGAUGAGAACGGUUUCAAAGCCGAAGGACCUUCCAUCCCCAAACCCGUCAGGAGAUAAGCAGUCGACACCGGUAGAAUUCUACGAAUAAUCGAUUAAAUAACUAACUGUAUUCAAUCGAAUAUUUGUCGAAUUGCACCACAAUCUAAUCGUACCUAAUUUUGACAACUUUAUGUUUGCCAUGAUGAGCACGUGAAUUGACAACCGGCUGAUACUCACAUAUUGCUUGUUGCAAUCUCACCCGCACUGCCAUAUUUUUGUAUAUUUUGUUAUGGUUCGUUACGUUUUUGUAAUUCGUGUAGCAAAUAAACUUUAUAAAUACUA